GUUAUUGCGACUGGUUACACACCAACAGGCAAUAAGUAAUCGUUCAAGCCUGUCAUGACUCUAUGCAUGAGUUAGGCAACGCUACUGUGUCUCUAUAUACACAUAAUAAUAUUACACAGACGCCAUAAUACAUAAAGAAAGUAACCAACGAAAAAUAAAAAUUUGAGAUGAAGAAAUUUGUAAAAUCGAUGGUUAUUUUGAUGACAAUUGUGAAUAUUGAAGUAUGCCGUGGAGUGGAAAGUGACGAUUGCGAAAAUAGAUUUCCCGAUGAUUUUAUUUUUGGAAGUUCAACGUCGUCUUACCAAAUUGAAGGGGCAUGGAAUGUUGAUAACAAGGGUGAAUCUAUUUGGGACAGGAUGACCCACAGCAAUCCGAGCAGAAUUGCUGAUGGAAGUAACGGUGACAUUGCUGAUAAUUCCUACUAUCUGUACAAAACGGAUAUUGAUCUUAUUAAACAAAUUGGGGCAAACGCCUACAGAAUAUCUAUAUCAUGGCCGAGGAUUCUACCCAACGGAUUAAUUGAUUAUAUUAAUGUCGAGGGAAUUGAAUACUAUAAUAAUGUUAUCAAUGAAAUGCUCAGCAGAAACGUAACACCUUUUGUCACCAUUUACCACUGGGAGCUGCCCCAAAAGCUGCAAGAUUUGGGCGGCUGGGAAAAUCCAAAAAUUGUUGACUGGUUUGUCGAUUAUGCCAGAGUUGUUUUCAAUGAAUUUGGAGACAGGGUUAAACAUUGGAUGACGUUGAAUGAGCCUAAUAUAUUUUGUAUUUUGGGUUACAACGGAAUAUUUGCACCGGGACUUAAUAAAUCCGGACAAGGAGAUUAUGCGUGUGGUCAUAAUGCUUUGCUUGCUCAUGCCAAAACAUAUAGAAUGUAUCAGGAAGAGUUUUAUGAAAAGCAAAAAGGUACGGUUGGAAUAGUAGUAGCCAUCAGUUGGCCAGUUCCAGAAAAUCCAGAUGAUCCCGAAGAAGUCGCAGGAGCGGAAAUGUCAAAAAAUUUUUGGAAUUACUGGAUUUUGCAUCCACUUUUUUCGAGUGAGGGUGACUACCCAAAGAGUAUGAAAGACAGAAUUGCCAACUACAGUUCGAUUCAGGGAUUCUCUAGCUCACGAUUACCAGAAUUUACUACAGGACAAAUUGAAUUGGUUAAAAAAUCAGCAGACUUCUUGGGAGUCAACUUUUACUCAGCUAGAUUCGAAAAAAAAUUAACAAAUUAUGAUGUCAAGAAUACGGUAUCUUUUUAUGGGGAUAUAGGAAUGAUUUCUACCUCGAAAACUUUUCCUAAAGAUCGCUGCACUCCGUGGGCAAUGUCGGAUGCUAUAAAAACAAUGAACGAAGAAUUAAUGAUUCCGAAAAUGUUAAUUACUGAAAACGGCAUUUAUGAUCAUGGCGGCUUGAAUGACGUUAAUCGAGCCGAAUAUUACUAUCUCCAUCUCAAUGAAACUCUGAAAUUGCUUAAUGAAGGAUUUAAUAUUCGCGGAUAUUUCGCUUGGUCACUGCUAGAUAAUUUUGAAUGGAGCGAUGGUUACACACAGAAAUACGGAAUUUUUUCAAUAGAUUAUACGGACCCGGAACGCACCAGAACUCCUAAAUUUUCAUCGGAAAUCAUAACCGAAAUUUUCAAAACUAAAAUCGUUUCCGACACUUUUCUAAUUAACGGUAAAGUGACACCGAUUUAAUGGAACUAUAUGUCUGUAUAAAUAUUGUAUAAAUAUUGGAUUUCAUUUAUUAAUAUGAUUUUUGACGACUUUGCUGACGUCUCAAAUACAAGAUAAUGUAAUUUAAUUAAUAAAAUACUAUCAGCCACAACUAAGAAU